CAUUGUAAUCGUCCCGUAAAGUUUUGAUAUCGGUUUCAAUUGUGUGUGUUUUGUGAAGGUUUUAAGGUGUGUAAUCGUUGUCGGUCCCGCUGUUUAUCUUCCACGCCGGUUAAAGGCCAGACGACCCUUGGUGGGGCGGGGAGGCCGUUUUUUGCCAUCAGUCAAACUACUUUUUUGUAAGCUGGCCCGUGUUGCAGGGCCAAAUAAAGUAGUAAGAUAAUAAAAAAAAAGUAACAUCGCUCUUGGAGGUUCACGCAGUGAAAGUAGCUCUAGCAGUUCUCAGGACGCCGCUUUAAAAUGUCUGGAUUGCAAAUUUAUCGUACGCCACGUAUUGCUAUUCAGCCAAGCUGCUUUAGCGGAUAUUUCAAAUAAAUUGAACACGUCAAGGCAACAAGACUUCUACAAUAUGAUGGAAAACCCAGUUUAAAAUUUGGUAACAAUAUGAUAUAGGAGGUAAUGGGCAAACCAUAUAGUUACUGGAGAUAUAGAAGAGCUGCCCAUGUCCAUAAUACAGGAACUUAUGAAGCAACUAUGAAAAUUUUCUUGAGAGGGUCGCAUGCGCGAGAUUUAAAAUCUCGUUUUUUAUUAAUGGCCGAACUACUGACGCCGCUGACAGACCGUCCUUAGUUUGUAUAUGGCAUUUUUACGGUAGUGUAUUCUCAUAAUUUGCGUAUAUCGCGUUAAAUAUUCUGAGAAAACGAGUUAUGUGUGUGGAAAUCGCUGUUUACAAAGAAAAUGGCGCAAAGUGGGUGAAAUGUAGAGGUUUGCGCGAAAAAUCAUAACCUUCUCUACGAAAAUAUCAAUGUCUCCUUCGGCGUAUCAAUUUUUAUUGUAGUAUGUCCACUAUAUUAUCUAAGAGUUAAAUGAGUCAAACCAACACCUCCUUGUGAAGUCGUGUUGGUUAGUGCCAAUGUGUGAAUAGCCAACCGCAUUAUAGUUUUGGUUAGUUUUAAGACAUUUCGCAUCAAGAAGGCAUUCCUCGCGCGUUUUCUAUCGAAGUUCGUUUGUUAUUGUUAAUUGGUCAAAUGAUUCUGGCAAAAUUGGCCCAUGGAACAUAACAAAAAUAACCUCUAUGCUUUAAAUACUCUAAAAUGGAUCCCAAGUUAAACGGAAGCAAAAGUGCAAAGAAAACACCGACAUGGAAACAGAAAAAUGCGAAACAAGAAAAGCAACUACUAGAUAGUAUAAACGAGCUGUUAAUUGCGAUCAUGCCAAAGAAAAUAGGUUCACCAGCGCCAAAAAACCACGAACAGGUAAACGCACUUAUCGAAAGGGUCAAACAAUUGGAAGACAAAGCCGCUAGAGGCAGCUGCAAGUCAACAGUGGAUCGGACAUCGCCCGAGGUUUUAACGAAGUUUAUGCAGUGGUUUAGCGACAACGGUGGUGAAUUGAACGGCUGUUCAAUUAGCAAAUUUGAUGGUUAUGAUUUGGGCAUAAAAGCGGAUACAGACGUGGCGGAGUCGUCCUUGAUUAUUAGCGUCCCCAAAAGGCUGGUUUUGUCAGUCGAAAACGCCCAUGUGAAUGUGCUCGAGGAAUUAACCAGAAAAAUGGGGCCACUUGGCACAAUGACCAAUGUUCUUUUGGCGAUGUACUUGCUUGUAGAGAAAUAUUCAGCCGCUUCUUUCUGGAAACCCUACAUUGAUAUAUUGCCCAAGGCUUAUACGACAGUUUUAUAUUUUUCCCAUGAUGAACUACAAAAGUUGCAGGGAAGUCCCACUCAAGACAUGGCUUUCAAGCUAAUUCAAAGCGUCGCCAAACACUAUGCGAUAUUGUUCAAGAUCUUUAAGAAUGGUGAUGACCCGCUGACUGUUUUGUUGAGGAAUCGGUUCUGUUUUAGGGACUAUUGCUGGGCAGUGUCGACCGUAAUGACGAGGCAGAAUAUGAUACCUACGGAAGAUGGUUCGAAGACGACAAACGCCCUCAUACCUUUGUGGGACCUGUGCAAUCAUACUGCGGGAAUUAUCACUACAGACUACAACCCUGAGAUGAAGCGAUGCGAGUGCUUAGCACUCAGGGACUUUAAGGCUGGCGAACAGAUUUUUAUAUUUUACGGCCCUAGGAGCAACGCAGAAAUGUUCGUCCACAAUGGUUUCGUCUACGAUGGAAACCAGUACGACACCUACCGGCUGAAUCUGGGCGUGAGCAAAAACGACCCUCUCCGAGAUAAACGCAAGAGACUGCUAAGCAAGCUAGAGAUCCCAGAAGGGACGGAAUUUUUGCUCAGGUGGAACGAACCGCCAGUAGACGACACGCUGAUGAAGUUCUUAGCGGUUUUUAAGAUGAGUGAAGGUAGCUAUAUGCAUUUGUACGAUGGAAGGUCCUUCGUGGGUUCGGUCGGAAGGUUUCAAAAUGGCUGUCAUUCAAUUUCAGAGCGUCUAGACGCCUCCCUUGACGCUGACGUAGUCGAUACAGAGGACGCCGAAUUGAGAAAGAAGUGCUGGGCGUACUUGGAGACAAGAUUGAAGCUGUUGCUGGCUGCCUGCAAAAAGAGUCUGUCGCAGGACAAUGUUUCCUUGGGGGGUAAGGAAAUAUCGCCCCACAUGAGGUUGGCGGUUCAGAUGAGGCUGAGCGAGAUGCGUCUGUUGGAGUACGCUAUAGAAUACGCAAGCAAAUUCUCUUAAAUCCUUCGCAAUGUUAGUCAUUAUGCUCUCUUUCUUUUGCUUAUUGUGAAUAAAAAAUCACCUU